AUGGCACUGAUGCUUGACGCCGUCUCUUUUUUCAUUUCUUUCGGCACAGGCGUCGUCCUGACACUUCUGUGCAUGCGUGGCGUUGGGUACGGCAGCCGUUGGCCGGCGCGUCUGUUUUGUGUAAAGGGGCGACAGGCACGCGCCUUCUUGGCGUACCGUAAUGAACCGCUAAAACUGACGCUGCUGGUGCGUAAGGAUUUGAAGAUGGGCACAGGGAAGAUUGCGGCGCAGUGCGCCCACGCAGCGGUGGCGGUGGUGGAGAAGGUGGAGAACCGCCGUCGGCAAGAUGGCACGACCACGCCGCCUCCACAGACUGCUGCUGCGGACGUGGAGGAGGAUGGAAGGGACCACUGGGAUGAGUGGGUUGCGUGGUACGACGCCUGGAUGUUUGCCGGCAGCAAGAAGGUUGUGCUGCAGUGCGACAGUGAGGAGAAACUGGUGGAGGCGUGCCGUGCGGCAAAGGAGGCGGGCCUGCCGCACGCACUGGUGCGUGAUGCAGGGAGGACGCAGAUUGCGCCUGGUAGCAAGACCGUCUUGGCGGUUGGCCCGGCACCCGUCAAACUAGUCGAUUGUGUCACGGGGCGCUUCAAGUUGCUCUGA